GGAAACUACGCAAGGAUUGAUGACGUGCACGACAGGAGAUCAUACGAUUCUGAAAGCUCAACUUCCGGUCUAGUGAUCCCGGGAGCGGGCAGGGCGUCGACUCUGAGUGAUGUAAGCGACGCUUACAUAUUCGGGGAGUACUCCACGGUCAAGGACGAAAUUCCCUACGACAGGGUUAUCCGCCCGUUGAACGGUCACGGCCAUCCCCUGGACAACGCCUUCAAAUUCAGGCAUUUCCCGGCCGCCGUGGAAGACUCGCCAUACGAAAACAUCAAA